UAAUAAAUCAGUUUGUGAGACUCUGUGUGUGUGUGUUUCAGGGUUAUGUCCUUUCCAGCUGGACCUCAGUCUCAUUUUCUGCGGCGCUGGACGGCGAGCAGCUCCCGGGCCGGGGUGUUUCUCAGCGGUUCCCCAGGAGAAGCGGGCUCUGUCAGGGGCAGCUGCAGCUCUCCAGGUGUCAAAAUGUCUUUAGAGGACUCCUUCAGUGACUCGUUUUCCCUUUUACCUGUGUCCCGCAGCAGUCACUGCCUGAGUGUGGACGGCCCCUGUCCUUCAUCGUCCAGCACUGAUCCCUUCUCCGAACCCCCCACUACUGAAGUGGACAUCAGACACCUUGCUGCAAGAAACCCCCAACCGCUCAUUGAUCGGCUCCGAGAAAUGAAGCAGCUGCAGCAGCGCAUGCAAGAGCAACUAAAAGCCCUCAAACAGGAGCAGCUGCAAAAACUGCAGCGUGAGCAGUCAAAGCUAGUGGGAAUGGUGCCGGCUGCCACAGGGUAUAACAAUAUAAGAGAGUCAUGUCUCAAAACUACUGAGCAGCCUGGUCAGUCAGGAUCCACAUUUUCACACACAAGGACCAGAGUUUCACCAGUUCAGCAGUCCAGUGAUCUACCACUGACCUGCUCAUUUUAGUGUACUGGGGACAAAGAAAAACAUCACAAUCAAUUUAUUACUCGAACAGAAGCACAAAAGCUUGAGCAGACAAGACAGUAAAACAAAUCCACAUGACCGGUAGGUAUUAUCAGUGUGGACAAAAUAUAAAAAUAGCGACAUACAAGUGUGAUUGUGACGUGGUAUUGUCUCUCCAGGAAGAUCAUGUUAGGUGUAAGUGGAAAGACGUUGAAAGAAAUGUUGGAAGAGCAGCUCAAGCUGGAGAAUGAGAAGAUGAACAAGAUAUCUGUAAGACAUAAAUUAGGCUUCCUGUCAGCAGAAUAUGCCAGAGUAACUUUUUUGCCUAAUCCGACAAGAAUAACUUUCAGUUUCUGUUUCCAAGAACUAUGUGUACACAUGACCAUCACACUUAUAACAGGUAGAAACGCAUAAUUAUGUACAAUACAUCUUUAUAUGCGUCAUGCUUAUUUCCCCUUCACAUAAAAUAAGUGCCCCAAACCUGUUCCAGGAUCACAGUGCCUCUGUUCACAGAGCAACAUCCAUAAUAAUGUUCGUCACUGGUUGGUGUGGAGCAACAUGAGUGACAGAUGUGCACAGAGACCUGAUCUUAACCCCGCUAAGCAUCUCUUGGUCUCUGAUUCCACUCAGGGCAUUUUUUCCCCAAACAUCAGCU